AUGGAAGAUAAGUCAGAAGAAUUCGUUGUCAUCAAUACAGAGUGGGGUGCAUUUGGUGAAGCCGGAGAACUGUCCGCUUACCGUACGCAGUUUGACAAAUCUGUUGACGCAGAAAGCAUUAAUCCAGGCAAACAACCGUUCGAAAAGAUGGUUUCCGGUAUGUACCUAGGCGAGAUUGUCCGCCAUAUAUUGGUGUACCUGGUGGAACAGAAACUGUUAUUCCGUGGGGAGAUGCCGGAGAAGUUCAAGAUCAAGGAUGCUGUGGCAACGAAAUAUCUGACUGAAGUCGAACGUGACCCUCCUCACCUGAGUUACAGAGCACACUAUAUGCUUACCGAAGAUCUUGAAGUGCCAGUUGUGGAGCCCAUUGAUGAUCGAAUCGUCCGAUUUGUGUGUGAGAUGGUUACGAAGCGAGCUGCGUAUUUGGUUGGUGCAGGCAUUGCUUGUUUGCUUCGGCGUAUGAAAAGACAAGAAGUCACCGUGGGUAUCGACGGUUCGCUCUACAAGUUUCAUCCACGGUUCUGUGAAAGAAUGACAGAUGUAAUCGACAAACUAAAGCCCGAAAAUUCCAGAUUCCUCCUUCGACUGUCCGAAGACGGAAGUGGCAAAGGUGCGGCAGCCAUCGCUGCGGCGGCGGGCCGAUGA